AUGUCUCUGUUGGAAGCGAAUAUGAAACCGCCAUUAAACAGAGACACAAAAAAAGACAUUUACAUUGUGAAAGUCAAAGAAAUGAGCGAGAAAUCAUGUUCUAAAAUCGAAAAAGGUAAUCAUUCUCAAUACAAAAACUGUCAAGACAUUUUUCAACAGGAGUUGGCUGCAUAUGGUAGAGAAACGAGCGUGCACGGUUUGAAGCGCAUACUAAGCAAUGGUACAGGACGAGUGGAGCGCGCACUUUGGGCUCUGUGUGUCGCGUCUGCACUGAGCCUGCUCAUUUACUUCAGUCAAUACCUUGCUAAUCGCUUUACUCAAACUAUAUUCAAAACCACCAUAUACUCCACCAAUCAUCCCAUUUACAAAGUACCCUUUCCCGAAGUGACUAUAUGCAACAAGAAUCGCUUGAAUUGGGCGCGCUUGGAAGAAGUAAAGCAGAAAUUUCUGUGGCAUGCACAUCAUAACACUUCGUAUGAGCGGCUCUUCGUAGAGAUUGCCGCCAUGCACGACACAUACUCUUUCGGUUACUUUGAUCGUUUCGCGAAUCUAACAGAUAAGCGGAUAACCGAACUCAAUUACAUCAAUUUCACUGAGGUGGUGCGUAGCAUGACUUGGCGUUGUGAGGAACUGUUAACGGAUUGUGUUUGGCGCAUGCAAGCUAUGAACUGCUGCGACAUCUUCAUAAGACGACGCUCGACUUUGGGCAUCUGCAUGGCAUUCAAUUCAAUAGAAUCGUCUAGCGGGCGUUUGAAGCAGGAAGUGGACUCGAAAUGGCCGUGGCGUGUGGGUACUAGUGGUUCGAAGCACGGUCUGCAGGUUCGUACAUUACUCAACGAAGACAAGCAUUCGCCGUACUCGACCACUUCGAAAGGUAUUACGAUCAUGACUGUGCAACCCGAAGUGUGGAGCUUUACGCCUAUCGAUAUACCGAAAGAUGUUUAUGCACGUGUGUACCUCGACGCGUUCAUGAGUUUCUUCGAUCCAGAGACGAGGCGUGUGUCAUCGAAGAAGCGACGAUGCGUCUUUAAGGACGAACAGGAUAGUCCCGACUUUAAAACACUCAACGGACACGUUUAUAUGUAUGAGAAUUGUCAAGCUGAAUGCCAGCAAGAGUACCUCAUGAAGUUUUGCAACUGUACUGUGGAUAUAUUUUUCCCAAUCGGCGCGUACCCAGUAUGUAAAUUGGUGGACCUUCCAUGUUUGGCACGCCACAACCAUCUUGUUCAAUAUUUCCAGGAGUCAAGUAAGGAGACCUUUACGACCAAUCAUCCGGGCAUGGUAUGCAAGUGUUUUUACAACUGUCGCUCGUGGCGCUACAAUAUAAAGGUGCGUACCAGACCUCUGGAACAGAAAGAGCGCUGGAAAACGAAUGAUACUCUGUUGUUGGAUAUAAAUUUCCAACGAGAUUUUAUUAUCGUCUAUAAAACGGAUAUAGUAUACACUUGGGUCGAUUUUCUCUUUUUCAAAACUCAUCGCGCCUCCAAAAGAAUUUCAAACUUCAGAGGUUUGUCUAGUGCAAAGAGAGUGAGCGUGCAGGAGUCCAGUCCGCGUGAGCAGGAGUGCAAGGUUUUAGUCAACUUGGUGCAAGAAUUCGGCCAGGAGACCACACUUCAUGGCGUAAAUGUAAUGUUGGCGCCAGGUGUGAGCAAAUUUGAACGCGCUCUCAGCACGAUCGCCUUCGUUGUCGCCUUUAUUCUCCUCGUCUGCAUGUGUCUCUUUCUCGCGUCACGCUUUGCGAAGGGACAAUUCAAGACAGUCGUCGAGAACACACACUUUCCAUUAUAUAAAGUGAAAUACCCCGAGGUAACGAUUUGCAAUAAGAAUCGGCUUAAUUGGUCGCGUCUACUGGAGGCCAAGGAUAAAUUCCUGCUACCGACGCAUCGCAAUAACUCCAAAGAAGAGCUCUUUACCGAAAUAAUUGGACUGUACGAUACCUUCACCUUCGGUAAGUUCGAUCGUUUCGCACAGUUAGAGAAGCAACCGUUAGAUGAACUGAAUUAUAUCAAUUUCACUGCCGUGGCACGUUUUAUGGCCUGGCGUUGCUGGGAGAUCCUCACGCACUGCAAAUGGCGGAGUCACGCGUAUAAAUGUUGUGACAUCUUCAUGGAGCGCCGUUCACAGUUAGGUUUCUGCGUGUCCUUCAAUUCCGUGGAAAAGCCUAAAUGGCACAAAAAUGACUCAACGUGGCCUUGGCGCACGAAUAGAGGUGGGAAGUAUGCGGGACUCACCGUUAAGGUUUUGUUGAAUAAACAACAACAUUUCACGGGCGGUAUUGAUGGCAUAACGGUAAUGAUUGUGGAACCGGACGUCUGGUACUACACACCAAUGGAUAUCCCCGGUCAGACGCGAACGCGGCUCACUUUGGAUGGUUUCCUUAAUAAGUAUGAAGACGAGACGAGGCGUGUACCUUCCAGUGAACGUGGUUGUGUAUUUAAGGAUGAGCAGAAUAGUGACGACUUCAAAACGCUUUAUGGUCAUCGCUAUCGCUUCGAAAAUUGCCAUUCUCAGUGCCAGCAGGAGUACCUCAUGAAGUAUUGUAACUGUACGUUGGACAUAUUUUUUCCACCGAGCCCUUAUCCGCACUGCAGUCUCGUGGAUUUCCCUUGCCUGGCUAAAUAUAACAACUAUCUUGUCAACUUCGAGAUACCCGGUCAGGAGAAGUACAUGUCCAGCAAAUAUCCGGGCAUUGUGUGUAGCUGUUAUGUGAGCUGCGAUUCCCUACGCUAUUUUGUUGCAAUCAAGUCGAGGGACCUUAUGCCCUCAGAAUCUGUGGAGAACCGUACCGUUGUUGAUUUAGACGUGUAUUUUGAACGAGAUUUCAUUACAAAAUAUAAGACGAUUUUAGUUUUCACCUGGAUCGAUUUGAUUGUUUCAUUUGGCGGCACCACCGGUCUGUUUUUGGGUUGCUCUCUUAUAAGUCUUGUGGAGUUAGUUUACUUCUUUUUUGUCGUCGUGCCGCGGCGUGUUAGAGAGAAGCAAGGGCAACCACAUCAACUAAGACGCAGACCGUCCAGGGUCGAGCAGACGCAAAUUAAGUUGAAAGAAUAUCGUGAUGUAUACAGGGCUCAGAAGAAGUUCUAA